AUGGUGGAUCUCAAACCUACGGUCAAAAAUGCUGACAUGCCCGAGGACGUGCAACAGGAGGCUGUGGAGUGUGCGGUCCGUGCAUUCGAAAAGUAUACGGUCGAGAAGGACAUUGCCGCGUACAUGAAGAAGGAGUUUGACAAGAAAUACGGCGCCACAUGGCACUGCAUUGUCGGACGCAAUUUUGGAAGCUAUGUCACCCAUGAAACCAAGCACUUCAUCUAUUUUUAUUUGGACCAGAUUGCGAUUCUGUUGUUCAAGAGUGGAUAA